UGGGCACGUGAGCGUGGCACACCUCCUAUUGGACCACGGGGCUGAUGUCAAUGCCCAGAACCGGCUCGGGGUCAGUGUGCUCACUGUCGCCUCCCGAGGUGGCCACCUGGGUGUGGUGAAGCUGCUCCUGGAAGCUGGUGCCUUCGUGGACCCUCAUAACACCUCCAGCGAGCAACUGGAGCCAGGGGGCAGCAGGGACGAGCUGCUGGACAUCACGGCCCUGAUGGCCGCCAUCCAACAUGGGCACGAGGCUGUGAUGCGUCUGCUGAUGGAGUGGGGUGCCGACCCCAACCACACAGCCCGGACUGUGGGCUGGAGCCCGCUCAUGCUGGCAGCGCUCACCGGAAGACUUGGGGUGGCUCAGCAGCUGGUCGAGAAGGGGGCCAACCCUGACCACCUCAGUGUGCUGGAGAAGACCGCCUUUGAGGUCGCACUUGACCGCAAGCACAGAGACCUUGUAGACUACCUGGAUCCGCUGACCACCGUCAGGCCCAAGACAGAUGAGGAGAAAAGGCGACCUGAUAUUUUCCAUGCAUUGAAAAUGGGAAACUUCCAGCUGGUCAAAGAAAUUGCUGAUGAAGACCCCAACCAUGUUAACCUGGUCAACGGGGACGGAGCGACCCCACUGAUGCUGGCAGCGGUCAUGGGACAGCUGCCCCUCGUGCAGCUGCUGGUGGAGAGGCAUGCCGAUAUCGACAAGCAGGACAGCGUCCAUGGCUGGACGGCCCUCAUGCAGGCCACCUACCACGGGAAUAAGGAAAUUGUCACAUAUCUGCUAAACCAAGGGGCUGAUGUCACUCUUCGUGCAAAAAACGGGUACACGGCCUUUGACCUGGUGAUGCUGCUGAGUGAUCCUGACACGGAACUUGUUCGACUGCUGGCAUCUGUCUGCAUGCAGGUGAAUAAGGACAAAGGCCGGCCCAGCCACCCAGCGCCCCCGCCCCACGCGAAGGCCCGGCAGCCCUGGAGCGUCCCGGUGCUGCCCAGCGACAAAGGUGGCCUGAAGUCCUGGUGGAGCCGAAUGUCCAAUCGGUUCCGGAAGCUCAAGCUGAUGCAGACGCUGCCCCGUGGGCUAUCCAGCAACCAGCCAUUGCCUUUCUGUGAUGAGCCCGAGCCAGCCCUGGACUCCACCAUGAGGGCGGCCCCCCAGGACAAGACCAGUCGUUCUGGGCUCCCGGAAGUGCCUCCCACAACCAAAGACAGUGGUCCUGGGAGCACCAGAGGAGAAAAGGAAGAUGUGUUAUUGACAACCAUGCUUCGCAAUGGAGCCCCCUUCACCAGACUCCCGAGCGACAAGCUGAAGGCAGUCAUCCCCCCUUUCUUGCCCCCUUCCAGCUUUGAGCUGUGGAGCUCUGAUGGGUCCCGGACUUGUCACAGCAGGAAAGCAGACCCCGUGAAGACUGUGUUGCCCCAGAGAGGCAGCAGGGGCCACCCCACCGGCGGUGGGGGCACAGACACUACUCCUGUCAGGCCGGUUAAGUUUCCAUCUCUCUCCAGAAGCCCAGCCUCUCCGGCCAACUCUGGAAACUUCAACCACUCUCCUCACUCCUCGGGCGGCUCCAGCGGGGUAGGGGGCAGGCACGUCGGGGAGCUGCAUAACCGCUCAGGUGGCAGCAUAGACAGUGUCCUGUCCCAAAUCGCCGCCCAGAGGAAAAAAGCAGCUGGAUUAUCUGAGCAGAAACCCAGCCACCGGUCAAGCCCUGUUGGACCCGCGCCGGGGUCCAGCCCGCCUGAGCUCCCGGUCUCCCCUGCAGGCAGCGGCCCCGGCAAGAAACUAGAGACCAGCAAGAGACCUCCCUCCGGAACAUCUACAACUUCCAAAAGCACCUCGCCCACCCUCACACCCUCCCCUUCACCCAAAGGGCACGCUGCCGAGUCCUCUGUGUCCUCCUCCUCCUCCCACCGGCAGUCUAAGAGCAGCGGGGGCUCCAGCAGUGGCACCGUCACAGACGAAGAUGAACUGACGGGAAUCCUUAAGAAAUUAUCGCUUGAGAAAUAUCAGCCCAUUUUUGAGGAGCAAGAGGUGGAUAUGGAAGCCUUCCUCACGCUCACCGACGGCGACCUGCAGGAGCUGGGCAUUAAGACAGAUGGGUCCAGGCAGCAGAUUUUGGCAGCGAUUUCUGAACUGAACGCAGGCAAGGGACGAGAGAGACAAAUUUUACAGGAAACCAUUCACAACUUCCACUCUUCCUUUGAGAGCAGUGCCAGCAACACGAGGGCUCCUGGAAACAACCCCUGUACGUGACCCUCCUCCUAGGGUCACCAGGGCGACCUUUCUGGGUCCCAGGGCCUUCCCCAUGUGACCAGUGCUCUGGCCGCCGUCAGCUCUUCACAUUCCCUGAAGCACAGUAUGUUUUUGUCCUAAGUCUCAUGGUUCCCUCAGCCUGAAACGCCUGCCUUCCCUUCCCAGCCAUGUAGACUGAUCCUCACAUACAGCUCACUGUGGCUGUGUCUGCGCCACAGGUGGUUUCAGCAGUGAUUCAGGGACACAGCUCCUUUCAUCUUGAGGCCCUGCCAUUUUAGGAGGCCUUAAGAGUCCAUUUCUGGCUGGCAGAAGGGAAAAGGGAUGGUGUUCAAGGCAAGUCACCUCUUAACUGCCUUGCUCUUCACUAUUCACAUUGCAUUGGCUACUGGUAGUCGUGUGGACCCACCGGACGCAGAGGGGGCUGGGAAAGGCAGUCUCUGUCCAGGAGGUGGCUUUGUAGCCAGAGCUCUAGACUUAGAGGGUAACAUAUAUCUAUGGGUGGAAAGUUAGCCUCCCUGCCGAGUCUUCCCUUGAGACCAUCUAACUUGUUACCUGACCAGUGAAGCUUGCCUUGAGUCCUUACACAGAACUAACCCCCUUCCACCCACUCGGUUGCCUACUGCUUGCCUGUCUGCUCUAGCACUGGACUAAACCCCCUGUGUGCAACAGGCAACAGGCAGGUGUAUAUUGUUCUCCUAGAGCCAAAGGCAGCCUUUCACGUUGGUAAAGAGAGGAAGCCCACUGUGUGUUCUGGGAGCGGGGGGCUCUCUCCUCCUUUCUGAUUCCUCAUCUGAACGAUUGGGAAUCAAGAAAAAUAACAUUCUGAUACUCUGUGUUGCUCUGCACAUAUCCCUGAGUUCCUGACGUGGGGGCAGAAGAACCUAUUAUAUUAUUAGUAUAUUGGUGGAAGGACCUCAGGGCUCCAGUUGUCUAGGCAAAGAAGCAGAAAAUUGGGGAUUUCUUUUAAAGUCUGUUGAAGCUAUUAGGGUCCUCAGAAAGAAAUCAACCCAUGUAAUUUUCCACCCUGUGUUUUUAAAUCCAGCUUUCUGAAAUGUUUUCAAGGAAAUUAAUUUUAUUCAUCUGUCUUGUCCUGUGGGAUUGGGGUGCAAAACUGGACUAGUCCCCACUUUGAGGAGCUUGACAGCAAGAGAAGAUGGGAAUGGGGUCCAGCCUGUGGAGGUGGUGGAGUGGGAAGCACUCGUGUUCUGGUUUUGGGCUUGGUGCUCAGGUCCAGCCCCAGGACUGGGCAGCUCUGUGACCCAGGUUACUUAGCCUUUUAAUGGGAGCUAGAGACAGGGUCUUUCCUUGACCUGUGAACACAGCAGCAGACAUCAGCCUCCACAGAAACCUUAUCUGUACUGUGAGCUCUGCUGCCAUAUGCUGGUCUCCUUGGGGGGGGGGCGGGGUCACUCACCUGUUCCUCGCAUAGCCACAAAUGCCACACCCGCAUCCCUGCCUGUGACCGCCCACCCCCCUCUCCUGGUGGUGAGUGGUGAGUGCUCUGCCCCUUUCUGGCUCAGAGGCGAUUGUCACUUCACAGGGUGUCUCCCCUGUGACCCAGUAGCUCCCACGCCUUCGUCCUCUCAUCUUCCCACCCCCAGCAGCCAACUUUGCACCUGAAUGGAGAGUGUUUCCAACAUGCAGGAUGAGGUUAACCAUUGUAGGCUGCAGGUGACAGUGAGGGUGAAUACUGCUGAGGUCUAGCUACUGCACACAGCAGGUGUUCAAUGGCCACGCCCCCCUGAAGAAGUUUGGAGCUUGAAGAAUGUUUAUAAAGAUGCCUGUUCAUGAUGCCUAAAGUGAGACCUGGCCUUGGAGUCACCGGAAGCUGAGAAGCCAAACUCAGAAUAUGAUGUCACCAGCGCUCAGGGAUGACAGAAGUGAAGGGGGCACAGCAUCACCAGUAGUGAGAUGGGGCAGAAAGCCCAGUUCAUUUAUCUCCAGCUUCCUGCCUAAGGUGGCAUCCCCUUGCACUCCCUCCUCAGAGCACUGCACCUUGGGGUGAGCCACCCCCCACCAGGCCCUCACUUCCUGUGGCUAGUAGUGGGCACAAGGAUGGCCAUCCUCUUGAGGGAGACCUGUCCCUGACCUGCAGAUGGCUCAACGAGGGCUGGGCUGACCCUGCGUCCUCAGCAGGGCCACUGUCCUCUGAUGAGGGAUCAGGACACCUUUUCGGCUCAGCCCUACUACGUGGGUUUCCAUGUUCCUAACCAUUGCACACUUCUUUUUACUUUAUUGUUAUUCCCAUAUGAGGACUUGACUCUUUGAAAAAUCUGUUUGCCAAACAUUUAUUAAAUAAUGG